AAUUCUUUUCUUAGGUGUUCAAGAACCAUGGAGCUUCAGCCGGGGCUUCAAUGAGUCACUCUCACAGUCAGAUAAUAGCUCUUCCAAUUGUUCCAUCCAAUGUUUCUGUUCGGCUUGACAGUAUGGAGGAGUAUUUUUACCAGACAGGGAAAUGUAGUCUCUGUGAGGUCCAAUCAAAGGACCUCUUGAUUAAUGAAACCAGCCAUUUCAUUUCAAUCACACCAUUUGCUGCUUUAUUUCCUUUCGAGAUGUGGAUAAUUCCUGGAUAUCAUACUUCUCAUUUUGAUGAACUAGACAAAGAAAAGGCAGUUGAUCUUGGUCACUUGCUGAAACUCAUCCUUAAAAAGAUGUCGGCGCAGUUGAAUAACCCUCCAUUCAAUUUCAUGAUUCAUAAUUCACCGGUCCACGUUGCCGACUCCAAGUUACCAUACAGCCACUGGUUUUUGCAGAUAAUACCUCAGUUAACCGGUAUAGGCGGUUUCGAGCUUGGAUCUGGAUGUUACAUAAAUCCAGUUUUCCCUGAUGAUGCUGCCAAAAUUUUGAGGGAACUUGAUGUUCCUGUACAAGGUUAAAAGCUAAUUUACACCAUACUAGUAGUGUAAAAUCAUAUUGCAAUAAGGAGAGGGGGGGAAAACUCAAUUUACAUGAAGAAAUCUCAUGUAAAUCCAUUUGAGCCCUUAGUUGCUUUUUACUUUUCUGGUUUACUUAUCUAAUUGUAUUGGUUUAUGUGAUUUAUUUACCAUGUUAUGUAUUUUCUUGGAAAAAA